AUGUUACUCUACCCAGCGUUUGAUUGAGCCGGUGUGUCAUAAAGACCGAUGCUCGUUUCGCUUUGUCUCUUUGUGUUCACAUGAGGAACCUGAUCACGGAUUCACUGACACUUGGUUCAAUGCCAGAUGUUACGUUCAGGUCAUGAGCGUUGUACGUUUGUCUAUUUGUUUUAGGCCAAACACUAACAUCUAAUAUCUGUGUGGCCUCUCCACUGAAGCACCGGGAUGUUGUGAGACGUCGCCCCUCCCCCUCCACGGACUGACACCAGAUCUAAGGCUCUCAGUGUCCUGAGUUAUUGCAGAACAAAAUGGACCCGCCGACCGGGCCGUCCCUGGGGCCUUAUGACUACGACCUGCUGGUUAUAGGAGGGGGGUCUGGAGGCCUGGCUGUGGCAAAGGAGGCUGCAGGGUUGAGGAGAAAGGUGCUGAUCCUGGACCUCGUGGCUCCCUCUCUGAGAGGCACCGAGAGGGAGCUGGGGGGUUCCAGUCUCAACAAGGACAGCAUCAGGAAGUUUCUACAACAGGCGUCUCUGCUGGGAAAAGCCAUUCAAGACUCCCAGAAAUACGGCUGGAGGUUUAAAGAGGAGGCGUCUCAUGACUGGAGCGAGCUGGCGGAGGCUGUGGUGGAGCAGGUGAAGACUCGCAGUGAGGAGAUGAAGAGGGAGCUGAAGAGCUGCGGCGUCUUCUUCCUCCGUGCUCGUGGAGAGUUAGUGGGGCCCCACACAGUGGAGGCGACAGAAGUGGGCGGGAGGACGAGGCGUCUGACAGCAGAGACCGUGGUCAUCGCGACAGGAGACAGACCUCAGUAUCUGGGCAUACCUGGGGACAGAGAGCACUGCCUGACCAGCCAGGGCCUCCUCACCCUGCCUCACCCUCCAGGUCGGACCCUGGUGGUAGGCGGGUCAGCCGAGGGUCUGGAGUGCGCCGGCUUCCUGUGUGGCCUCGGACUGCCCGUCACCGUCAUGCUGCAGCCUGACCUGCUCCCUGGGUUCGAUGGGAAAAUGGCUCAGAAGAUAGAAAACCACAUGAUCGUUAGUGGAGUGGACUUCCUCUAUCACUGCUCAGUCACAAAGGUGGAGCAGACUGAAGAUGGAGGGAAGAAUGUCAUUUCAGGUGAAUCUGGAACAACACCACAGCAGGUUACUAAAGGGAGACUUCGAGUGACCAUCAUCUCCCAGGAAGGCCAAACUAAGCAGGAAGACUUUGAUACAGUGCUGCUCACUGUUGGAAGGAAAGCUUUAACCAGAGACAUUGGCCUGGAGUGUGUUGGAGUGCAGUGCAGCCAGGACUCUGGCGGGAUCCUGGUGAACGAGAGCGAUCAGACCAGCGUGGAUCAUAUUUACGCCAUCGGAUCAGUGCAGCACGGACGCCCCUCCACCACAGGCCUCUCGAUGCAUGCUGGAACACUACUGGCCCGUCGCCUCUACGGAGAAGACGACAUCUUGUGUGAUUACACCAAUGUGCCCACUGUUGUGCUGACUCCGCUGGAAUAUGCUGCCUGUGGUCUGUGUGAGGAGAAAGCCAAUCUAACAUUUGGAGAAGACAGUGUAGAGGUGUAUCACAGCUACUACUGGCCUCUGGAGUGGGAGCUUCCUGCCAGGAAUAAAAACUCCUGCUAUGUGAAAGUCAUCUGCCACACCCCCGACCACGACCGCGUGGUCGGCGUCCAUAUCAUGGGCCCCAAUGCCGGAGAUAUCCUCCAAGGCUUCGUUGCAGCGAUGAAAUGCGGCCUCACCAAACGACAGCUGGACGCCACCGUGGGCAUUCACCCCGGCUCAGCCCAGGUGCUCAGCUCAUUGACCCAAACCCAGCGUAUGUCUGAGGCCCUGAUGAUGAGGGGGAACUGCUGAGGUUAGGCCCCCCCCCUGCUGUCAAUCACAGUUGUCUAUGGCAACGGUAGAAGACGGCGGGGAAGGCUUGCGAUCCCCUGGACGAGUGGCGGCAGCAGGAUGGCCAGCCGUCCAUCCAGUGACGUCUUCACCCGAAACCCGACGGACGGGCGGGCGAGGACCGAUGCUCUGCUGCCGACGCGCGUCUUGCUUUGUGUGUAGCUGUGCUUGUUUGCAUUUUUUAUGAAGCGCUUUCCUCCAGCAGAACUCACAGAAAUAUUCCGCACCGUUGAAGCGUUUUGAUGGCUCUCGGCUUUAAGGAAGAUAAGAUGCUCCCUGAGGUCCUGCCUCUGAAAGCCCCUGUAAGCUUUAAUAUAGCUGAGUUUUUAAAAGGCUGCAGGGGAGUGAUAAGACUCCGGGAUUUGAUGCGUUCACAUGGAGUAAAAAAAGCUCUGUGUUUUUACUGCCGUGGCACCAGCCUCGGACUUUUUUUUGCAGCCUUAAUUUCAUGUAAUCAACUGGACGGGGAUUAUGGUAUUACCCUAAAUUAAUACUGUUUAUUGGCGAGUGCACUGGCUUUAUUUGACUCACACGCUGUCUUUAUAAAGACGUUUGGCCAGAGCUCUUGAUUCAUCCUCUGGUUGGCUUUCCCUCUUUUAUAUUUUCUCUCUGAUUCGGUGCCUCAGAGUCUUAAAACAACUGUUGCAUAUUCAUGCGGAUCAUCGUUGGGGGCGGCUGUGGCAUAGUGGAGAGCAAGGUAGUUCUCCAAUCAGAGGGUCGGUGGUUCGAUACCCGGCUUCGGCAGUCGAUGUGUCCUUGGGCAAGACACUU